AUGCCAGAGAAUUCUUUCGACAAGAGGUUUCCAGUGCGUUGCCUUGUUUGCAAGAGCGUCGCACAGCCUGAAGGGAAGGUAUUUGAAUGCCAUGCGGCCCGAAAGAAGGUGGUGGACCACUUUGUCCGUCAGCAUUGUAAAGGAUCCACACACAUUGCAGCUGUUGCACGAUAUGUCCAAGAGCUGAGCUCAGAGUCAGAGUCUGCUGCGCCCAUCCAGUCUGAUCAACCUGCUGUAUGUGAAGGCCAAAACUUGACAGGUAGUGAUCAGCAGUCCUCUUUGUACUCUGCAGAGCUUCUCCUGUGGGCACGCUUCACGAAUUUGAGCAAGACCUUUUCCAAACACAAGUAUGUCCUCAAUGUGAAGGAGCAGACACUGCAGGUGUUCCAUGAGGAUUGUGAGCGGGUGACCUACAGGAAGAAUCCACAUGAUAAAGUGGUUUGCCAGAAAUGCCAGCAUGCCUCUUUGACAGCAGCAGCAGUGAAAAGCGCCCUUCGGUUUGCCCUCAAGUGGUGGGCAGCUAAAAUUCUACGUGCGAGACUUUUCCAAUCCGAUGAGCAGGUAGCUUUGCUGACCAAAGAGUUCAAAGAUUCUGCACUUUACAGGCUGCAGGUGAAGAGAGGCCAGGAGAUGUUGGAUCAGAACACCUUGGCAUUGCAAAAAUGGGUGCGCAUGUCAUGGAUGAAAGUCAGCAAGGAGAGCAUCACGCCAGAGUUGCAGCAGUUCAUGGAAAUCAAUGUCAAGCCGUGCUUGAGCAUCAAUGUGCAUGAGUGUGCUGGCUCUGAACUUCGUGAGCUGUCCAAUGCAUGGACAGCCCAACUUGCAUCUUCAAACCUCACUGAGCUCGGCAAGGUUCACUGCAGAAUCAUGAAAUCCAUUUCCACUGGAUCAUUGGCUGGUCACCCUGCAGCCAUGGGGAUCUUGCUACGAUGCAUCGAGUUGAAUGACAGACAGUCCCGUGGAAUCACGCACCUAAAAGGGGGAAAGAAGAUGACUGAAACGGAGCAGGAAUUGAUCAAUGAAGCAGGUGUCCUUCUAGCAGCAAAUGGCGCUAGCCCAAGCCUGUUGAAGGAGCUUGGGUUUUGUGCCCGCGGCAUUCUGAAGACACAUGCGUCCUUGGACACACUGUUGCAGCAGAGUCUUCCGUGUCCAGCAUUGUCAAUCCUGUUUGAUGGUGUGGCUUCUCAGAACUUGAACAUAGUUGAUGGCUUGAUACCACGGUGCCAUGGAAAUCUGUCACGCCGUCGGUUCGUCCUUUGCUUCGAUGCCACAUACUUACAACCCAUGAAUUCUUCGGUGAACCUUCACAAGUCCCGUGGCCUGGUGGGUGCGCCUUUCUGCAUGGGAGACUUGCAGAGUGAACGUCCAGGAAGCUUCCAGAAAAUCGACCUCGAGGUUGGCUGUGAGUUCAAAGAAAAGGCCAAAGCCAACAGAAUGCUCGAGUUCUUGAUGUGGGACCCCAGCAGUAGCUGCCGUGAUGGUUGGAGCAUCCUCUCCCUACCACUGGCCGUCAAGUGGCUGAAUUCAUCUGAUGCGGGUAGCUCGUGGGAGAUUUUCAGGAUGAUGGAUGAGUUGAUGGCACACGCACAUGACAGGGUGCGUGUGUUUCUCUUCGACGGGGAGGCAGCAAACCAGGUGGUGCGGUCUGUUGUGCAUGGAGAGUUGGAUGCAAUUUUCCGCAGGAAAAUCAAAGACUUCAAGUUCUUUUCCCGGCUAACGUGGCAGGAGUGUCCUUGUGCACAGGAGUUGCCCAGAUUCCCGAUCAAGCUGUGCCAAGUUGACCGCGCUGAAUACAUCCAUGCAAUGCCCGGAAGUGCACACGCCUUGAAAAAUUCGGCGGCCCAGAUAUGCUCACCCAGAAAGGUGGUGUUUUUUGGAUCCUUCAUGACAGACUGCAGUGGAGGGCUCGCUUUCGAUUUGCCACUUCCAGCUUUCAGUCGCCGUGAUCCAAUGAGCGACCGCCUUUGCAGCCUUCUGAGCAACCCGAUGAUGAAAGUGUGUGCCCGCAAAGCCCUUGCUUCAGCUUUGCUGCUCGUCAGCCGGUGCUCUGGGAUGGACCAGCGUCAGUUAGAGGCACUCUACAAAAGUCAGAGUGAUGCCGACUUCUUCAAUGAACCUGAUGCAGAAGCCCAUGGCGAGGCAGACCUUCUAGAACACGCAUACCUUGAAAUGGAGGUCGAGGAAUCGGCAGGGUCUGAGCAGAAGGACAUGCAGAACAUCUUGGAUCAGAUGCAACAAGUCGCAGCCACGGAGCUUGAAGAAGACCAUCCAGAGGGAGAUGGCGAGUUGGUUGAGCCUGCGGUGGAUUUAGAUGCUCAUUUGCCCGACGGGCCAGAGUUGGUUGACCUCACAGCCUCAGACAGUGCUCAAAAGAGCUCCCGCGACUUCAAGUCUUACCCCAAGACCCUGUCAGAGGCCUUGUGCCAUGAGAAUUGGUGGUCCGGCUUGUGGCAGCUGAGCAUUGUCCUCCGGUGCGGCAAGUAUGGACUAGACAGCCAGUUCCUGGCCGAUGGAGACCUGGUUCGGAAAAGGAGUCGCAAAAUGAAUUGGCAUCAGUCAUUGGAACAGCAGUUAAAAGAGCUUCGCAUGGAUGCAGACGAAAUGGGUGCGGGGCAGAGAGGAUCCAGGAUUUCGAAAUGGAUUCAGCACUCAGCCGAUGUCCGGGAAAAGGAAGUUCCAGUGCAGUGCCUUUCCACUUUCCGAGCAACAAUUUUGGAAGUGACAGACCAGGAUGCAAAGCAGCUGUCUCCAAGCCGGGACACAUGGCUUUAUGGAAUAGACAAUUUGAUGGCCAUCCUAGACGUGAACUCGGAGUUGACCAAGGUGAAUGAAGGGAUCAUCAUCCUCACGCAGGAGUCCAUGGAAGCUUUGGUCAAAAUCCAGUCCGAAAUUGCACCAGCCUUGCCGGCUUCGAAGAAAAAGAGCAGGAAGCAACCAGGGUUCAAAGUCAUCAAGAGCAAGUUGAAGACUGCCGCAAACUCCUAUCAGCUACGCAAGACAAAGACUACUGCUGCGGUCGACGAGAACGGAAUGCCACCGGCUUCUCAAAUCCGCAGGAGCGUCCAAGGCCGAAAGGUCAUCCAGGACAUUGUCUCCAAAGCAGCGGAACUGGAGGCAUUACACUUCACGAGCAACCCGACGUUCAACAAGUCGACCAUGACUUGUUGCAUCAAGAACAUGUCCGAUUUUAACUUCACCAGCUUCUUGGAUCGUGUUCCAGCCAUGUUUCAAUACAAAUUCUUUAAGGAACGGAACCAGGAACGCUAUGGGAUCCUGGUUUACCAGGACUUGUCUGUGCUCCUUGGUCAGUUGAGGCGGCAGAAGCCUGAACGCAAGGCUUUUUUGCAACUGGUCAAAGACACAUAUGCAUGCAAGAUGCCGACUGUUCGCACGGAUCCUGAGAAUCCGUCCUAG